AAGAUUAUUUUUCCCCCUUAACUCGAAGCCUUCAGGUAAAAAUAAAGCGACAGCAGCAACAGGGGGAAGCAUGUAGUCUUCUUCAGGGUUAACAUCAGAAGACAAGCCAGUGCAGCUUUGGCCAAUCAGACGCGCCCCUGCCAGCUAUAAUAUAGAGCUAAAGGCAGCCUCUCGCACAGGCUCUCCAGGCUCGCUACCAUUUAAAAUCAGACUCUUUUUGUCUUUUGAUUGCUGUCUAGCGACCCAACUCCGAUGUGUUCCGUUAUCAGCGACCAGCAGCCUGCCAUUCCAGCCCCCGUCUGGGUGGGGAUCGGUGGCGAGUCCCCCGCAGCAGCCGUGGCGGGCAGGGUUCUAUAGGAAGAGAAAGGCAGGCAGCGAGCAGGCAGCGGGCGAGCCGCAGCGAGGGAGGCAGAGCAGAGCGCUCGAGAGGGCGCAGCGCACACAGCCGCGCGCCCCUGCGCGCACAGACCCGCGCGGGCCAGCUCGGGAGGCACCGGCUCCCGCGGACGAGAUGCUGCUGCUGGCGAGAUGUCUGCUGCUGGCGCUCGUCUCCUCGCUGCUGAUGUGCUCGGGGCUGGCCUGCGGGCCCGGCAGGGGGUUUGGGAAGAGGCGGCACCCCAAAAAGCUGACCCCUUUAGCCUACAAGCAGUUUAUCCCCAACGUGGCCGAGAAGACCCUCGGGGCCAGCGGCAGGUACGAAGGGAAGAUCUCGAGAAACUCAGAGCGGUUUAAGGAACUCACCCCCAAUUACAACCCCGACAUCAUAUUUAAGGAUGAAGAAAACACCGGAGCGGACCGGCUGAUGACUCAGGUAGAAACCCAGCGCCGGGGCGUGGACUGUGUUGCUUUCAAGGGGGUUGCGUGGAACCCGGCGGUCCCAGGCUCGCUCUGCUUGCUCUUUGGGCAGAAUCCUCAAUUGGAAAAGCCAGGAGAAGGCUCCGACAAAAGGCAGGGACUCCAGAGGCGCUGGCAUCGCGAUUCCGCCGUCCGCAGUCGUGCCCAUCAGGGGCUAGGUGCGCAGGCGGCUGACGGCGCGGCGCUGCUGGGGCGCAAGUGUGGGGGACGGGGGAGGGUGGCGGAGACGGAGGAGCCACCUCCGGGCCGUCGCUUCCCGACCCGAUCCCCGGGCUCGCUGGGGAGCCGACAAAGGACAGGCGCGGCCGGAGAGGCCGGCUUGAGCUGGCGGAAAGGGGAGGACAGAGGGUCCUUAUUCCUCGGCCUUGUCAUCUGCUUCCGACCACCUUAA